AUGUUUAGACCGAGUAGUGCGGGGACUGAGGAUUCAACAAAGUGCCAGCCAAGGCGAUCAUCACAGCUGAUCAGGGCAUGCAGUGCUGCAUCUGACACCGUGCAUCUACCAUCAGGAUCCAUCCACCGCGAAGCCGUACCAUCAAGCUACCCUCCUCUAAUCCUUGAACCAGCCUCUCUAGGCUCUCGUGCCCCUGUACCGGCGGCCUUUGUCAGCCUUCAGCAGUACACCAAGGACAUGUUCACCAGCAUAAACAUGGUCAGCCGGUACUGCCAUAUGAUGACCGCAACCUUUGUAGAUUUACGCCCAGCGGACGCCGUCCUGCUAUGGCUGACCGGGGCGCCCAGCCACCAGGAUCAUCCCGCCGCUAGUAUCCCCAGAGCCAAGGCCUUUAGCAUGCAGCUGCACGGCCAUUACACCAGGUACAGUGGAGCUAUGCUGUCAUGA